AUGCUUUGGGCAGCAGUUCUUUUUAUAUUUGUUAGAGCAAGAGCUGGAAAUCCAGUGUGUCACUUACAGGGAAGACCAGAAGUGUCCCAAUUUUCUAAAGAUGGAGACUUAAUCAUUGGAGGAAUCUUUUCUUUCCAUAAUAUUGUUGUAGAUGACAAGCCAACAUAUAUUACUACACCUAAGCCAUCAAUAUGCAGUGGAUUAAAUCCUCGUGAGUUUCAGUUUGUUGAAAGUGUUAUCUUUGCCAUAGAAAAUAUUAAUAACAGCACGGAUAUACUGCCUGGUGUGACUUUAGGUUACAAAAUAUACGAUGACUGCAGUUCCAUUCCUUUAGCAAUCGGAGCAGCAAUGGCUUUAGUGAACGGACAGGAGGAAACAUGGCAAAGUGAUGAAUCGUGUAACAAGUCGUCAACAGUUGCAAUAAUUGGACUGUCUGAAUCACAAUUAAGCAAAACUGUUGCCACUGUCUUAAGGCCAUUUCACAUACCACUGAUAAGUUAUUAUUCAACCUGUGCGUGUCUAAGUGACAGACAGGAGUUUCCCACAUUUUUUCGGACAAUACCAAGUGACUUUUAUCAAAGCAGAGCCCUGGCACAACUUGUGAAGCAUUUUGGAUGGACUUGGAUAGGAACAGUGAGAAGUGACAACAACUACGGCCAAGUAGGAAUGGCUACAUUUAUUGAAGCUGUCCAACAAGAAGGAGUUUGUGUUGAAUAUUCAGAAGCUAUUUUUAGAAAUAAUCCAAAAGAAAAUUUCAUUAAAACAGCAAAUAUCAUUAAGAAGUCAUCUGCGAAAGUUAUUGUAUCUUUUUCGUCGUUUAAAGACAUGGAACUUCUGAUAAAAGAACUGAUUGAUCAAAAUGUCACUGGUUUACAGUGGCUAGGAAGUGAAGGCUGGAUUUCUAGCGAUUAUCUGGCAACAAAAGAAAGUUACCAAGUACUUGGUGGAGCAAUUGGGGUUGCCAUUACUAAUGCAAACAUAACUGGUCUUCUUGAAUAUUUACAAUCAGUAAAACCUUCAGAUAUUCCUGGGAAUAGUGGUUUAACUGAGCUUUGGGAAAGCACAUUCAACUGUACCCUGACUGACCAUAAAUUGACUGGGAAAAUGAGCUCAUGCACUGGGAAUGAAAAUUUCAGUCAAGUCAGUAGUCAAUACAAUGAUGUGACAGAACUCCGAAUUACUAAUAAUGCCUAUAAAGCAGUCUACGCUAUUGCAUAUUCACUACAUAAUCUGUAUAAAUGCCAAAAUGACCUACUGAAAUGUUUAAAGACAAGAAAGGUUGAGCCAUGGGAGGUACUUAAACAUAUAAAAAUGGUGAAUUUCACAACCAGAGAUGGUGAAAAUGUUUUCUUUGAUGCUAAUGGCGAUCCAACUGCAAGAUAUGAGCUUGUAAAUUGGCAACUUACUGAUCGAGGUAACACAAAAAUUGUUACAAUUGGCAUCUAUGAUUCAUCUUUACCAGAAAAGCAGAGGUUCAAAAUGAAUAAUGUUAGUAUUGUUUGGGGUGGAGAUCCCAACAAGAUGAUUAGAUCUGUAUGCAGUGAAAGCUGCCAACCAGGCUCUCGAAAGGCUUUGAAGAAAGGAAAACCUGUUUGCUGCUUUGACUGCUUGCCAUGUGCAGAAGGUGAAAUCAGUAAUUAUACAGAUUCAUUGGACUGCAUGGCCUGCCCCUUGGAGUUCAAGUCAAAUGAUCAAAGAAAUCAAUGCAUUCUUAAAAAUACUGAAUUUCUUUCAUUUGGAGAAUUAAUGGGCACAUUACUUGUCAUAUUUUCUUUGGUUGGUACUUGCAUAACUCUAGUAACAGGAAUUAUAUUCUAUUUUUAUAGAGACACUCCAAUUGUCAAGGCAAACAACUCAGAGCUAAGCUUUCUUCUCUUGUUUUCUUUAACUCUGUGUUUCCUCUGCUCACUCACAUUCAUUGGCGAGCCAACUGACUGGUCUUGUAUGCUACGCCAUACAAGUUUUGGCAUUACUUUUGUUCUUUCCAUCUCUUGCAUUUUGGCUAAAACAAUUGUGGUAUUGAUGGCUUUUAGGGCUACUCUGCCUGGGAAUAAUGUUAUGAAAUGGUUUGGACCGACUCAACAGAGACUGAGUGUUUUUGCAUUAACAUUAGUACAGGCUUUUCUCUGUAUAUCAUGGCUUAUAAUUUCCCCUCCUUUUCCAAACAGAAAUAUGCAACACUAUAAAGAUAAAAUAAUUUUAGAAUGUAACUUUGGAUCAACGUUUGCCUUUUAUGCCAUGUUAGGUUACAUAGGCCUUCUUUCAACCAUGUGUUUUGUACUUUCGUUUCUGGCACGUAAACUACCAGAUAAUUUUAAUGAAGCAAAAUAUAUCACUUUCAGCAUGCUGAUAUUUUGUGCUGUCUGGAUUACUUUCAUUCCAGCUUAUAUCAGUUCUCCAGGAAAAUAUACAGUAGCAGUAGAAAUAUUUGCAAUUCUGGCAUCUAGCUUUGGAAUACUUUUCUGCUUUUUUUCACCAAAAUGUUACAUUAUUUUAUUAAAGCCUGAGAAAAAUACAAAGAAGUAUUUAAUGGGAAAAACAACAUCAAUGUAACCUAGCUCACAUAAUGAGUGAAUCAAAUUGCAGAAAAUGUUAUUUUUAUGUUUUUUACUGUCU